AAAUACGUCAAAAUUCCGCGCGCCGCGUCGCAGUACGAAUUCCGUCUUCGUGGUGUACGCAUCGUGGUGUGCUCGCCCCGUUCUUCUCUCUCUUUUUCACCGGAGGAUUUUGCGUAUACAGCCAAAAGAGCGACAUGGCAGUCUCGCUUAACACCGAGGACAAAUUGGAGUACCAUUUCUACCCCGUGACGGCCGGACAAAUCCAGUUCCGGAUAAAGGCGCCGAACGAUGCACACAUCGCUCUCACCACGGGACCCCAGGAGGGCGAUCCGAUGUACGAGGUCUUCAUCGGCGGUUGGAACAACGGCAAGUCCGUCGUGCGCAAGAACAGAACCAAGCCGGAAGUGGCGGAGACGGAAACGCCCGGCAUCCUGAGCGCGGAUGAAUAUCGCGGCUUCUGGAUCAGGUGGGACAACGGCGUUCUCACGGUGGGCAAGGAGGGCGAGUCGGCUCCUUUCCUGAGCUACGCCGACCCGGAGCCAUUCGGGAUCGGUUACUUCGGCGUUUGCACCGGCUGGGGUGCCACCGGUGAAUGGCUGAUCGAAGGUCGCAAACCCUUGAACACCCCUAACAAGCUACAGUACAAGUUUCAUUCCGUGCGAAGCGGCUCGGUGCUGGUCGACGUGAAAGCUAAGAGCAACGGGCACGUCGCGCUGACCGACCGGAAGGGCGAGUCGAGUCCCAUGUACGAGAUCAUGCUCGGCGGGUGGGAAAAUCAAGCGUCGGUUAUUAGAUACGAUCGUAAACAGCCUGAUAAGGUGCGCGUGGACACGCCGAAUCUUCUCAGCGACCGCGAGCACAAGAAGUUCUCGAUCACGUGGCUCGAGGGCCUUAUCACGGUCAGAUCGGGCGGUCCGAACGGCGCCGUCCUCAUGGAAUGGCGAGAUCCAAACCCCAUCGGCGUGAGCUACGUGGGGGUGCGCACCGGUUGGGGCGCAACCGGGAACUGGAAGCUCCGUUUCGAACAUUAUCCCGCAGUCGCUACCGGUCAAAAGAAACAUCCUGGCACAACGCCGUCCGCGCCGUUGGAAGUUCGUCCAAUCGACGCGGGAAGCGCGUGCUGGUGCGACGCGUCCGGCGGCAUGGUACCACCUGACGCGCUCGAGGGUGGACACGACGACGAGCCCCUGUUUGUCGGCAGGGCUCACCACGAGGGUGCCCUCAUCCCCGGCAAGGUGAAGCCCAGCCACUCCGUCUGCUACAUCGCCUGGGGCGGCGCCGAGCAUGGAAAGUCCGAUUAUCAGGUUCUUUGCGGCUGCAAGCCCGUGUGGGUGCCGAUAAGCGGCGGUAACAUUCCGGCUAACGCGCUUCCGGGCGGCGAGACUGAAAACGGCGAGCCGCUGUUCGUCGGCCGUGUGCACCACGAGGGUACCCUGACCAUCGGCAAGGUGCAGCCGUCCCACAACGUGUGUUACAUACCCUACGCCGGUUCCGAGGUCGCCUGCGACGAGUUCGAGGUCCUGGUCGCGCAAUAAUCGUCCCGAGAGAUUCUGCGGCCACGACGAAGGGAGAGAUUCGCGAUGGGAUUCGUCGCCGACUUAUCAGCAGUUCUACGGAGAGGACAGCGAAGCUCAGCGAGCUUUAAACAAUUUCAACAGCAACCGUAUUUGUAGAGCUGUCGUUGCGCAAAAAAAAAAAGAAAAAAUUCAACGGAAUUUCUGAAAGUUAAUUUUGACGAUUAAAAAAGAAUAAAUUUAGCGAUUUGUGUAUAGGUCACGUUUCCGGUCUGUCAGAUUCUUAUCAACGACUUAUACUGUUUAUUGAUCUUGUAUGAGCGAAAUAUGUUAUGAAAUUAUACGGAUAAGGAAUCUCAUGUGUGCAAACUAGUCUAAUUACAUAGUAAGUCGAUAACGAUGGAAGAUACUGUAGAACUGAUCGAUAAGCCGGAGAGAUGUACAUGUUCGCUAUCGUCUACGCAAGCGUUUGCUUUUCUGCACGGAAUAUGAUUGCAGUCACGCUAUAGGAAGAGAAAGCAAAUCAAACGGCGAUAUAUGCGCUAUUAUAGAUAUAAUAUAAAUAUAUUUUUUUUAAAUUGGCACCGGAUAUGCCAUAUCCGGUGAAAGCAAUGUUAAUUGUUUCGUCGUCGCUCCAUCGGGACGACCAUGAUUCAUAGACAUAUAUUUUUAUUCAUGGUAGAAGCUACCGUUUUCUAACGCACAAUGUAUACCACACAUAUAUGCUUUUCAAAGAGUAUAUUUUCGGAUUAUGUAUUGUUACGAGAUGAAUAGAUUAAACGUACAUCCAGUGAAGUAAAAAAA